UGACUCAAAGGACUGAGGAGCUUCUGAGAAGACACUGGUGACUCUUCUGGAUCCCUAGGGGAAAAUAUUCAUCACAAUGACGGCGAAAAUAGGCUUACUUCUGAAUCUCCUGCUGACCUUGUUGACAGGUGUGUGUCCUCAGAGACCCAGAGACGUAAAUGUCAAGGCAGGUGAGAUGGUGGCGCUGUACUGCCGCCCUGACAGGAGGAAUAAUCAUGGCGAUGCUGGAGUGAUCUGGAGAAGUUACACCACCCAGGAGAUGAAUUUGACCGCCAUGUCAUCAGCUGAGCAGGCGCAGAUGGGCCUGUUGGUUCAUGGGAGGAGUCUUGUCAUUCUCAGUGCUUCUAUAAAGCAUCAGGGGAACUACUCGUGCUCUCAGGGGGACGCCGGCAGCCAGUCCUGGUUCAGGCUGAGAGUUUACACAACACAGAGAGAGGGUGAGGAGAUGAGCCAGUACCCUGGAACCUGUUACACACAAGAGGCCUGCACAUUGUAUUGCCCUGAUGUUAAUGUCCCUGCUGAAGGUAUUCUAAAUAUUACCAGCAACAGCAUAAUAUGGCGCAAGGUGGGCGAGUCAUUGCCAAUAGAUGGUUACUUCUCACGUGUGGAAGAGAAAGACCAGGGUGCCUACACCUGCACCAGAUCUUACCUGUAUAAUGGUCAAAUAUAUAACAGGACCUUUACUGUGCUGCUUGACAUCAAACCAAAGGAAAAAUCUGGAACGCCAGUAAUACUUUCACCACUCGGUGGUGAUGUCUUUCAUGUAGAUUUAGGCUCAACAAAGUUGAUUGAUUGUGAAGGUGUCAUGUAUUCAGACUUUGAUGGCAUGUUCUGGUACAGCGGGGAGUCAAUUGUAGAAACAAAAAACAGCUAUCCAGUUUUCUACAAUACAACACGGGAAAAGAAUGCUGGAGAAAUAAAGAUGACAGCAUCUCUUAUCUUCAAUAAAGUGUCAGAAGUGGAUUUAUCAAAAAAUUACACCUGUAAACUUGCAUCUGUGUCUGGACACUCAAGCUCUGUCACCAUCACUUUGGCCCAAAAAACACCUCCUUCCUCCUUCUCCUUGGCUCUCAGCAUUCUCUGUGCCGUGGUGGUGGUGGUGAUCAUUGUAGCAGUUGUUGUUAUUGUGAAGCUAUCCGGGUCCAAGAUCUGGCCUGCUGCACACCACCCAUGCAGGCUUUGUGGAGCAGCAGACCCACUUGAUCCAAGCCUGAGUCACAAUUAAAAUAUCGUGUCAAUGUUUUAGUAUAAUACAUAUAUAUUUAGCUCACACUGAAAGAUGAAUCACUGCUGUCAUACUAUGCUUUAUAUAACAGAAAUAUAUUUUUAAAGAAAUAAUUUUUUAAUGUUUAAAUAUUUUAAGGUUUUGUUGGGAUUUAUAAUUUACCUUAACACUGUUUUUUAAGAUCCUCUACCUCACUGUUUUCCUUCUCAUAUGUUCUCCAUCCUUUCACCUCUGUAACUUUUUUGCCUGCCACUCCAUAUGUCAUAAGAAUACAAUGCCCUAGUGUAGUGGUGCCCCCUCCUGGUGAGCUCCAGCACUGCAAAUAUUCCAUCUGAUCAUGAGCUCUUGAUGGUUGGACACAUCUCAUUGAGUGAAAAGCUUCUUUUCACGGCACACAUUUUGACUUGACCACAUAUGUGGUCAAGUCAAAAUGUGUGCUGUGACUUUGACUUGACCACAUAUGUGGUCAAGUCAAAAUGUGUGCCGUAUAUUUCAACCCCUAGGCAUAUUUUGAAUGUGGAUAGGGCAAGUAUCUUUAUCUCUUAUUUAUUUAUAUAUUUAUCCAUUAAAAAUGAUCAUUUUACAUCA